AUGGAGCUUGAACUAGACCUCAAGAUUACCACAACUAAAGGUGAUCAUCAUUCUACCGACUUUCGAAUUGCUAAAGAUCGAGCUGGUCCUGUGUUUCUAUCUAGAGAGACCGAAACUAAGUUUGUUCUUACUGCUCAUCUUAGAGGGUAUAGAAGGGAAGAUGUCAAGAUCGACAUAAAUGAAGAUGGAACACUAAUUUCUAUAAGUGGUGAGAAGGCGGUGCAAGAAAUGGUAAUGAAAGGAUGGGAAAUGCACAAGAAUGAACCAAAUUUAAAGAGUUUUAUCAAGGUGUUCAAAAUUCCUCUUGAGGUGUUAUUGGAUCGAAUUAAGGCCAAUUACAACGAUGAUGAAUCGAUAUUGACAAUCUAUAUGCCAAAACAAAAUGAGGGCAUAAUGAUUGGAGGUGGGAUUGAAGAGGUCAAGAACGACGAAAAACAAGUUAGUGAUCAUGAAACUUUGCAAGAGGAAAGUAUAAAUAAGGAUGUUACAAAUAUUGAUCAAGUAGAGGAAAUCAUGCAUGAAAGUGACGAGGACAAUGAAAUUGAAGAAAUCGUCCUUAAUUCACGAAAAACGGAUGAAGAAGUCUCAUCAUCAUCGGUUCAAGAAAUCGAAGGAGAAGAGUGUAGUAGGAUCAAUGGUGAGAGUGACAAAAUAGAGGAAAAAGUUGAGGAAAAG